AUGCCAUUGUGGGAAUUCAGUAUUUUGGAGCAGGAAUCCCGCAUUGCGGAGCAGGAAUUCUGCAUCCCGGAGUGGGAAUUCUGCAUCCUGGAGCAGGAAUCUGGCAUCCUGGGGACCGGAACCAGGAGCGGGAGUGGGACCAGAACUGGGACCGGGACCGGGACCGACCGGCAGCGACCGGCACCAACCAGGACCAACCGGGACCAGGAGCAGAACCGGGACUGGGAGCGGGACCAGAACCGGGACCAACUGGCAGCAACUGGGACCGACCGGGACCGACCGGAACCGGGACCGACCGGAACCGGGACUGGGACCAGGACCAACCAGGACCGACUGGGACUAAGAUCAGAACCGGGAGUGGCACCAGGACCAGGACCAGAACCGGAACCGGGACCGACUGGAACUGACCAGGACCAGAACCGGAACCAGCAGCGACUGGGGCGGGACCGAGCGGGACCGAACCCGGAACCAACCGGGACCAACCGGGACCGGCACCGGGACCAGAGCCGGACCCGGAGCAGGGAGGGACGGAUCCUGAUCCGGGUCCUCAUCCCGUCCAAAUUCCGGUCCAAAUCCCAGUCUGAAUCCCAAUCCCAAUCCUGGUCUGAAUCCCAAUUCCAAUCCCAAUCCCAAUCCUGGUCCCAAAUCCAAUCCCGGUCCCAAUCCUGGUCCCAAUCCCAAAACCAAUCCUGA